AUGAAAUAUUCGAACACAGAUCUUUGAGAGUUUACCUCUAUCAGAGAUGUCCUUCAACCGAGGAAUGCUGAGAAACCCCUGAUCCAGAUAAAAGAUCUUGAUGAAACGGAAGUUAAGACUAGACACGCAUAUGAAAACCAAUUGGUAGAAACAAGUUGUUUCUUUUUCAAGAAACAAAACUUUUUAAGAAAAUUAUGUAUAAGGUUAAUCUUUUGGAAACCCUUUGACUGGUUCAUUAUCUUCUUAAUUAUUGUUAAUUCUCUUAUGCUUGGCAUGAUGGAUUACACUGACAAAGAAAACACAAGUUGGAGGAACAAAAUUGUUGAUAGAAGUGAACCUAUCUUCAUGGUUCUCUUCACAUUGGAAUGUAUUAUAAAAAUCAUCGCAAUGGGCUUUGUAGGUGGAAAAAGCACCUAUAUGAGAGAUCCUUGGAAUUGGCUAGAUUUCUUAGUGGUUAUCACAAGUCUACUCAAUCUUCUACCAUCAUUUUCAAAUUAUUCAGGUAUCAGGACAUUUAGACUGUUUAGGCCACUGAGAAGCCUGACUUCAUUAGGGUCUAUGAAGCUGUUGAUAGGAACCCUGUUAUCUUCUGUGGUAGGAUUGGGAGAAAUUAUGAUUUUUGCAUUUUUCUUCUUGCUCAUUUUCGCUAUUUUGGGAAUAUCACUAUGGGCAGGAGAUAUCCAUUAUCGUUGAAGAACUACACCAGCUCCUGUAGAUGGGGAUUGGAUAGUCGCUCCUGGUGAGUAUACAACUUGUGGGGAUAGAUCAUGCCCAGAUGGAACAUACUGUGGAUCUCUAAUCGACCAAUUUGACAAUCAUGGCACGGUGAAUGUGUCUGAUUUAUAUAGAGACACGAAAAUAAAAAAUCUGAACUGGGGUUUUACAAAUUUUGACAAUAUUGCUUAUGCGUUUCUGACCAUAUUUCAAGUAACAACAAUGGAAGGGUGGACAAACAUUAUGUAUAUCUAUCAAAACUCUUCAUCGAGGUACAUUGCCCCUCUUUAUUUUAUCUUCUUAUUAUUCGUAGGAUCAUUUUUCAUCCUAAACCUGACUAUCGCCAUCAUGUUAGAUAAGUAUGAAGAGAUCUCAUCUGCUCAAGGAAACAAAGAAAUGAUCAAUGAAUUAUUUGACAUUGGAAGAGAAGCUGGCCUUCCUAAUGAACUGACUGAAUUCUUGCUAAACCAUGAUAUAAAGUCUAAGGAUAAGAAACAAAGUAAAGAGAAUUGGAAGGUUCACCUGAAACAUCGCCUUUAUGAAAACUUUAUCUAUAAUUCCGGAGUUGAAGUUCCAAAUGGAAAAUAUCAUUCUGUAAACUUCACAAGAUUCUUCUUCCUACUAGUAGAGGCUCCUUUCUUCAACUCAUUCAUCUUCUUAUGAAUCAUCACCAACACAAUCCUCUUAGCUCUCGAAAAACACCCUGAACACAACGACAACUUUAACAAAUUCCUAAAUCUCUCUAACACAGUCUUCACAGUGAUCUUCACUCUGGAGGUGCUCUUGAAGGUCAUCGGGAAGGGCAUGAAGGAGUUCGCAAGAGAUAAGUUCAAUCUUUUUGAUACCUUGAUUGUUGUAAUCUCUAUACUGGAUCUCUUUGUUUUAAGUGGAAAUUCGAGUUUUACAGCAUUGAGAGCGUUUAGAUUGUUCAGGGUGUUUAAAAUAUUUCGGGUUGGGAAUCUCAGGGUUCUCUUGGAUUCAAUUACAAUGACGAUAGGGUCUAUUGGCAACUAUGUGGUACUCUUAGUGCUGUUUAUAUACGUAUAUGCUUUACUUGGAAUGCAGUUCUUUGCAGGAAAACUGAAAUUUGAUGAAGAAGGAAAUCACGAUUUAGAGAAUGGUACGGUUAGUAGAGAGAAUUUUGACAAUAUUGGGUGGGCCUUUUUGACCAUCUUCAAAAUCUUGAUUGGAGAUAACUGGAACAUCAUGAUGUACGACUGUAUGAGGGCCACAGGUGACAUCUCAGCACUAUACUUCAUCUCACUGGUUGUAAGCGGUAGUAUUAUUAUGCUUAACCUAUUCCUGGCUGUAUUACUCGGCAACUUCGAUAAGGCCAGAAUUUAUAUGAACAAGAAGAAAUUAUUGACUGAGCUAGAAAUUUGUAAGAAAAAAAACAUGGAACUUAAGGAAAGCCUUAGAUUGGUACUUGGUAAAGUAGCAGAGAUUGCCAUUGCAGAUACAGGCAUCUUAAGAUCAAGGACUACUAUUAGUAAAAGUAAAAGAGUAGCCAAGAAAAGAAAUGAAAAUGACCUGAAAAUGGUUAAAAAUUUGAAGUUUGUGAAAAUGUCCUCUCUUCCUGUUCAAGGGCCCACUCGGAUGCUGGCCUCAAGCCUUGCUGCAGAAACGUCGAAGAAAAUAUCCCACAAUUCCAAAGAAGACCUGUCUCUUAAAGAGGAUUUCUCCGAACAAAGAGUCAUUAAAGAGUUAGAGAAAGAUUCCGAACAGCUCCAUGUGCGCUUUGGGUCGAAAGAUGAAGAAUCUAAGGAAGAGUUCAAGUGAGAAGACAACCAAGAUGGCCCAGCCAACCAGCAAGACGGCAAAGCUUAUGAUGAAAGGAUAGAAGAAGAAAGUAAAAUAACCUUUGGUGAACUCAGAGAAGGAAGUAACCAGAAUUUGAAUAAGAGUAGGCCACAAUUGUGAUUUAUAGAGUCCCAUAAGACAUAUAAGAAGGAUAACUGAUCGAGCAAUUUUAAAGAAAGUUCGAAUAAUUAUGAUGAAUUGUAAGGAAAUGAGUCUUUAGAUUCAAGAAUAUAAUCAUAAAGUUUAAAUAUCUUGGCUAGCAUUUUUACUUACAUUAAAUUUUCCUACAAAUUUCUUCUCCAUCAUACAUUAGCUCACUUGAGCUCUCCUCUAGGAACGAUCUUUCUUCAAUUGCCCAAAUAGAACAAGAACAGGUUGAAAAAGAAGGCUAUAGAUUUCCUAAAUUUUCUCCAGUCAAGA